AUUGCUUGCGAAAGGUUUGAGUCGAAAUGAUUCGCUAAAAACGCGAUUUGAUUUGAAGAUCUGAACUCGAUUUUGAAUUUUACGGUAACAGUGCUGAUUUGAACGCCUACAGACUCGUACAAUCAAAGUGCGCGCAUCUCGGGUCCAAUCGUGACUCUCGUGAAUAAAGUGAAGCUCUGCUGUUGCCCGUUAGCUUUUAGCGCCUGUGAUUCUCAGUUGUUAGUGCUGGUGUGAAUUGAAAUUGAAAACAAAUUCAAAAUAUUGCAAUUAGAAUACAAUUAUCAUGCACAAGUGAUCUUGAUUAAUUCCAAAGUUAAUAAUUGUUUUUAAUAUUGAAACAAUAAAUUUAUUUAAAUCAAGUGAAAAAUAAAACAAUAUUUGAAAUGAAAACGAUUAUUUUGCUGUCAACAUUUGUUGCUUUAGCAGUGUUACCCGUUGCCGUUCUCUCGCAAGGCCAGUAUAAUUGCAUAUCACCGGAAAAUUAUUAUGGAUUUUGCGUACAACUGCAAUACUGCCCACAAAUCGCCAACGUUUUCAAUACACGCAAUCGUAAUCAAGCCGAACGCUAUGUUAUAGCAUCGCAGCGUUCGUGUGGAACACAUAGUGUUAACGGUAAUCCAGUGGUCUGUUGCACACGGCCAAUAUCGCAACCGCAACCACGACCACAACCACAGCCACAGCCACAACCUCAGCCGCAGCCCAUACCGCAACCCAUACCGCAGCCAAGGCCACAACCAGUGCCCGAACCCAUAACAGAACCUACAAUCACUGAACGUCCGAAUAAUCCCUUCUUACCGUCGGUCACAUCUGGGCCUGUAAUACAACCGAGACCACCUACAAAUCAACGUGAAUUCACUACGUCACGCCCCACAGAAGUACCCACAACAAGGACAACAUCUGCACCAGUUGAUUUUGACGGACGCUUGACGGGCGACUCUUGUGUAGAUCCGAAAUUGCGACGCGGUGUUUGUAUUGCAAUUGCCAAAUGUCCACAAUUGGUUAAUGAGCUCUAUGCUAAAUCAAAUGAUCCAGAAUUUGCUAGCUUCCUUCGUGCUUCGAAUCGUAAUUGCGGCGGUGCAGCUUCGGUGGCGUGUUGUCCCACAAGUGAGAAUGUCGUAACGAAGGCGCCCGUGACGGUGGUGAAUUCCAAUGAGGUGCCAAGACGUCCACCCACUUUGGAAGAAGGUUGCGGGUACUCUCGUAAUACUUAUAAGAAAAUCGUUGGCGGUGAAGUGAGUAAGAAGGGUGCCUGGCCAUGGGCUACGCUGUUGGCCUACCCCGAUGGUUCGUCGAACUCACCAUUCAAGUGUGGUGGCACUUUGGUGACAGCUCGUCAUGUAGUUACGGCUGCACAUUGCAUACGAAAUGAUUUAGAAUACGUGCGUUUGGGCGAACAUGAUUUGAGUACGGACACAGAAACACGUCAUGAAGAUAUAAAUAUAGUGCGGAAAGAGGCUCAUCCACAGUACAACAGGCGCAAUGGCCGAUUUGAUGUGGCUCUGCUUUGGCUUGAACGAAAUGUCCAAUUCAGAGAUACAAUUUCACCGAUUUGUCUACCCACCUCACCCGAACUACGUCAGAAGUCUUUUGUUUCUUACACACCCUUCGUUGUGGGUUGGGGCAAAACUAUGGAGGGUGGAGUUUCGGCCAAUGUAUUAAAUGAGCUGCAAAUUCCGAUUUUCAAAAAUGAAGUAUGUGAAACAAGUUAUAAGCGCAUUAAUCGCCUGAUAUCCGAUGAUCAAUUCGAUUCUGGUGUGCUCUGUGCGGGUGUACUUUCUGGUGGCAAGGAUACGUGUCAAGGUGAUUCAGGCGGCCCGUUGAUGAUACCAGAGCCUUACAAGCAGGAUGAUUUGCGCUAUUACCUGAUUGGUGUUGUUUCAUAUGGCGUUGGGUGCGCUCGUCCUGAAGUACCUGGCGUGUAUUCUAGCGUACAAUACCAUAUCGACUGGAUUUUGGAGAAGAUUGCCGAUACAUCAUGAGAUUCUUUUUUUCUACUUAAUUAAGUUAUUUAACUUUAUUCUAAUAUUAAUAUAAAAAGUGCUAAUGUUUUUGUAUACCUUUUUGCAAGUGAUAAUUAUAAUUACAUUUU